CAUUAUAUUUGUGAAGCUCUAUUGGGAAACAUUGAGUGAUUAAAAUAAUUUUUCGAUUUUUUUUUUUUUUGGAACUUAAAUGUGGAAAUAUGGAAAAUUUAAACGCCAUCAUAUUACCUCGCGUAUUACAAAUGGUCAACAAUACACCAAAUUUAUGUGAGUCAUUGGACCAUGUAUGUAUGACCAUGAAACGAUGCUUGGCUGCGGAAGCGAAAGGAUCGAUUCGCUCCAUCAAUGUACGUGAGGCCGUUAAGGAAGCUCUGAAUGUGGCUGAAAAUCUUGGAAUUGUCAAGCUGAAAGAAAACAUGGUGAGACUACCGUUUAGGAUCAAUUCUGGCGUGGAGGCUUAUAAUUCUAAUAAACAACACGUAGAAAACGAAAGUGCAGAAGCCGAAGAGGUAUAUAAUGAUCCACCUGCAACAAGCAGCUUCGCCAUGUCAUCCAGCCAAACGAAAAAGAAAUAUUCUGGAAAAUUUCUGAAUACCGAUCCAGAAGUAGAGGAUGUAAGUUCAGAAGAUGAAGGUGCAGAAGAAGAGUUAGGCAAAGAUCCACCUAAAUCUGGACAAUCAAACAGGCAAAUUAAAAAGAAAAUUUCUAAAAUGAAUGACGAUCCCGAGGAUUGCUAUGGCAGAGGCAGAUCAUCGACCAUGCGCCAACGACGUGCAAAGAGACCAAAAAGCGGGAAGACCGAAAAUCGCAGUCGAAGUCGCAGUAGCCGUCGACGUGGAUCCCGGAGAAGGCGUUCUUAAAUGUUGUUAUUGUUCAAAUUUUAUAAAAUGUAGAAACGAAUUUAAUUAGACCAUUUAAAAAUUAACAAGUAAGAGCCUGCUAAGUUCGGCCUGGCCGGAUCUUAUACACCCUCCACCAUGGAUCGCAUUUGUCGAGUUCCAUGUGCGGUAUCUUUUUUUUAGGCAAACAAAUAAUAUUGAAUAACAACUGUUUUGCUAUUGGAGCUAUAUCAAAUAAUAGUUCGAUUCGGAUCAUA